UGUUUUGAUUCUUUGGGAAUAAUCUGAUUUGUACCAACUUCGCCUGGCUGUCAAAAUGUAGAGUAAGUUACUGUGCAGAAUUUCCUCCCCCCCACCCCCGCCAAAUGACGUGUAUUUCAUAUGUAUGUUUCAUAGCUGAAUGAUUAUAUUUAGAUCAAAAAAAAUCUUUUCUCUGUAAUUGGUGGGGGUGACAGUAUAUCUUUGAAACACAUGUGAGAAAGAUAUAAGUUUGUUUUGUUUUGCUUUUAGUUGAAAGCUCCAAAGGAGUUGACAAUGUAACUUGGCUGCUUAAACAUGAAUGAGACCUUGGGCGAUGUUAGAAGAAGAGUGUCCAGAACAAGGGAGAAGGGGGCAGCUGAUUUUGGUUUCUCAGCCACUUUGCAGUUUGACUUCAAAAGAGAAAGAGGAAAGAAAAAAAAAGGUUCCAUUGUCCCUGUGGCUGGACCAGGAUGUUUCUUGCAUUGCGUGAGGAGUUUGUGUCUCAGGAGAGUGACUUCUUCUGACUUGAGCCUACAGUGUGCUUUGAGAAAUCUGCCACCAGAUUAUCUCGGCUUGGUCUCUGGGAACCACCCACUAGUGACAGUCAUAAGGUGGCAAAACUGAGGAGCUGAGAGUAGCCUGCCGUAUUCUUGAGUGGCAGAGCAGGAUUUGGACCCUGAUCUGUUGGACACCGUGGCCUAUGAUCUAAUAGUUAUUCCAUAAUAUUCCUGUUGUCAAGCUUGAGGUCCACAAGGCCCUACAACACUUGCCUCAGCUGGUCCUCUUGUUAAUCCUGUUCAGCAAAUAGACGGGGAUUUCUGCAACAGCUGAAUUCUCGCUGCCAGGAUGGGGAAACAGAACAGCAAGCUUCGCCCAGAGGUCAUGCAGGAUUUGCUGGAAAGCACAGACUUUACAGAGCACGAGAUCCAGGAAUGGUAUAAAGGCUUCUUGAGAGACUGCCCCAGUGGACAUUUGUCAAUGGAAGAGUUUAAGAAAAUUUACGGGAACUUUUUCCCUUACGGGGAUGCUUCCAAAUUUGCAGAGCACGUCUUCCGCACCUUCGAUGCCAAUGGAGAUGGGACGAUAGACUUUAGAGAAUUCAUCAUAGCCCUGAGCGUGACAUCGAGGGGGAAGCUGGAGCAGAAGCUGAAAUGGGCCUUCAGCAUGUAUGACCUGGAUGGAAAUGGCUACAUCAGCAAGGCAGAAAUGCUAGAGAUUGUGCAGGCGAUCUAUAAGAUGGUUUCCUCUGUAAUGAAAAUGCCUGAAGAUGAGUCAACUCCGGAGAAAAGGACAGAAAAGAUCUUCCGCCAGAUGGACACCAACAGAGAUGGAAAACUGUCCCUGGAGGAGUUCAUCCGAGGGGCCAAGAGCGACCCGUCCAUAGUGCGCCUCCUGCAGUGUGACCCCAGCAGCGCGGGCCAGUUCUGAGCCCCGCGCCCCACGGAUCGUAGAGCUGCUUGCGUCCCCUUUCCACCUUUUCGUUUUAACAGAUUUUUUUUUUUUUUUUGCCAAUCAAUAUUGAUGGUGACGCUGUCCCCCCCCCGCCCCCGUGCGGUCAGACGCACCUUCCUCCGUGACGCCUUCGGCUUCCUUUGUCCGGGGGAUGCCCAGAGCCCCAACGCGCUUGUGGAGAGCAUGGACGCGCUGUCAUGCAGACUUUGUGAUGUUCCUUGUUCCUUGAGUUUCCAUCGUUCUUACUGUUGUUUUUCUUCUGAUUCCAAUGUCUCUGUUCUCAAACCGAAGACUCGGGGAGGCAAGAGAAGGGAAAGCAAGCCAGUCCCGGGAUUCUGUGGCCAGCUUCCAGGGGCCUGUUUGAAAAACAGAACUCCCCAGCUGGGUCUGGAGCCACACGGGCAGCCCCCAGGGUGAUGGCGCCUGGUGCCGGCUUCCCAAGGACAAGGGACCCUGUGGGGCCGGGCUGUGAAAGCGCCUGGAGGCCUCCACUCCCCCCUCUUCCCCAGCGGGCUGUAGUGUCUAAGCUGUGAACAUUUCAAGGUAAAUUCAUAGAGAAGAGGAAAAGAUGGCUCAGCUGUUUCUUCACACGUUUACACUAGUUGAGCUAAGCUGAGUUUCUUUGGAAAUUAAACACAAAUGGUAACUUAUAUAACAAAACCAGACCCAUCUUGUUGCCUAUUGUGAUUAAAAAAAAAAAAAGAGUGCUGUAUAUAAAAUAUUGGGUAUUGCAGACCAAAUUAAGUGUUUUGCCUUGUUUAAAUGAAAUGCAUGUUUAGUGAGCACUAAUACAAUCUUAUUAUAGAAGACUGUUUUUAGUAGCUUAAUGUGAAGUAAGCCAACUAUAAUGAAUGUCUAUGUCUUGUUUUAAAGUCAUAUCUGUCUUUGCACAAAUGCACCAAUCAACAGGUAUAUUUUAUAUAUUCCAGAGAAGUACAAAGUCACCAUGACUAGGGCGCAACCUUAAUUUUGAAUGCAUUUCCAGAGUGGUAGUGCCUGCAGAACAGAAGUAGGGCAGGUUUAAGUGGGACAUGUCCAUUGGAGCACCAGCGGCUUGAUGGUAUUAGAUUGGGGUACGGUGUUUUUCUGAGUAGAUUAAUAUUCUGUUGACCCGAAACACACACGCACACACAUACAAAUUCUUGAGACUUCCCUUUGGUUUGAUCCACAUUAUGGUUAGGGAGCUGUAUCUGCAAUGUUGACCUUUUCAUGCCCCUGGUGGCCCUUCAAAGAGUCCGAGAUUGGGCAGUGAGCUCAUUGUGAAGAAGGCAUGGCCAAGGGCAUCUGUGCUUUCCAGGGCCCACUGUGGGGAAUCCAAAAGUAUUUUGCAUCACCAUGUUCUUUGAAUGCCAAUUUCUGUUUUCAAAAGUGACAGUGCAAAUUUUAGUCACUCUUUGGUCUGGUGACCUCACACACACUAAUUGGAAUUGCAAGUUAAGAGUAAAAAUUGCUGAUCACAAGUAAGUCAGUCAUAUUUUCACAAGUAGUAGGCCUGGGGAAGUCCAAACACUCAAGGACAUAGAUGGGGAGGAUCUGCUCCGGGAGGAGGCAGAGAGGUCCCGAGUGGGUUUAUCUGCAGCCAAACUACUUUCUGUAGACCAUGACCCACAGAAAGACAAACAUAACUAUGAGGAAGAUGAUGCUGAGCCCAUUCUAACUCCAGAUUCUUCUGUAUUACUUGAGUCCCUUUUAACUGGUAGCAAAAAUCUGAAUUUGUAUGGUUGACCAAAAUGAACUAACUUUGCAGGAUGAAAUUAGGAGACCUACACAUGGUAAAAUCAUCUUCAUCUUCCUCUGAGUGUCCAUUCCUCACAGUGGGUCUAUCCUGAGACUUGCCAAAUUCCUUCUUUGGGCCAAGUGGUAAGAUCUGGGUUUGAAAACUAGGGAAUUAAACUAAGAGGCAGAGGGCACAGUGAGUGAUGUUCAGGAGGUACAUCCCACUGCUCUGGACUGAUGACCUAAUUCCCCCUUUCAGUUCCCCUUAGAAGGGGAGUCGUUAAUGUUUGGGCAAGCCCGCCUAAGCUCUACCCUCGGUCAGGACAUCUUGUUGAGCCAGACUCACCCAGUUCCCUAGAACUGAGAGCUGGAGUGAGGAGCAAGGAAGAGGGGCUCCAGAUGUUUAGGAGAGAAAACAGAGCCAGACGCCUGGCUAAUGAAUGCUGACAUGCCUGGGAUGUAUGCAAAUAGUCUUGUCCUGGCCUGCCAUUGACCCUGUCUGUAUUUUCUUGAUGGUUGUUUUUUCCUUCUACUCCUUUCCAGGAAGGGCUUUGUAUGUCUAAUCCAAUGCACUUAAAUUUGGCCAAGGGACUCUGCAGCACUCAGAAGGCUGAAUGACUAAAGGUUUAGGUCAUUCCUUUGAUGGGCUGUUCAUUGUCAUUGCUGUGAUGCGGGACCUCUGGAAGUGGAGUCUGUUCUGUCUGAAAUCAAGCCAGUCUGUGAUGUUCAAGGGACUGGAAUAAAGUGGCUUAUGACUUGAAGGAGGAUACAGAGUCAUACUCUUGCUUAGGGGUGCUGAGGGUGCUGUUCCAUCCCUUCUGUAUGUCCCAGGGGACCCUUUCCACAAAUGGAUUUAAUAAUAUACAAUUGACCCUUGAACAAUGAGAGGGUUUGGGGUGCAGACACCCUGUGCAGUCAAAAAUCCACAGAAUUUAACUCCCAAUAGCCUACUGUUGACCAGAAGCCUUACUGAUAACAUAAACAGUCGAUUAAUGUCUAUUUUGUAUGUUAUAUGUAUUAUACACUAUUCUUACAAUAAAGUAAGCCAGAGACAAGAAAAUGUUAUUAAGAAAGUCACAAGGAAGAGAAAAUACAGAUACAGUACUGUCCUGUAUUUAUUGAAAAAAAUCUGCACGUAAGUGCACCUGUGUAGUUCAAACCUAUGCUGUUCAAGGAUCAAGUGCAUAUAUUUACAGAUCCCAUCAUAUGGAGUGGCCCCCAUAUCAUGACUUCAUGUUGCUCGAGCUUGGCAUUCAAGCACAUUGAUUGUUUCAUGUGAUUGUUUGGGACAUGAGGGUCCUUGGCCUAAACUGCUGCCCCAGCUGAAUCUGCCUGAGGGUCCAGGUGCCUAUACUGCCUCCCUCCCCCCUCGCCAGGUGUGGCUUCUGCCCUAAAGACACAGGAGCUGGGGCGGGGGGCGGAGGGGUGGCAGGUGCUGAGCCCAAAGCCCUGUCCGAAAGCAUCCUUGGUCUGCGCAUGGGCUUUCUUGCUUCUCUCCACUCAUGUACUUCUCGGCCUUCACUUUCUUCUGCCCUCGCCUCCUUCCUCACAACUGGAGCUGCAAACUCUAAUCCAAACAUUAGGUGCAAUGGAAGGCGACUUCCUCUUCAGUGACAAACGAACAUCCUCUUCCCCUGUCUCACCCUCUCCGUCUGGAGAAGAGUCAAUAGAAAACAUGACAUGAUGCAGACUCCACACCCUCAAAGCAAAUUCAGAUGAGGCUUGUUUUUUUGUUGUUGUUUUUUGUUGUUGUCAUUGGCCCUACCUCCAGCACAGAAUUCCAUUAAUCUAGGAAAAAGGGACUGAGGGUCAGCUAUAGUUGGUGACUUGUGGGCCAACCAGACCUCCUGUAGGAAGUGAGUCGGCCUGCGGGGGUUCUGUCUUUACGUCACAGUUUGUCCCUAUGGACCACCAAUGGCUACUCACAAGCACUGAACGUGACCACCACGCUGUCGUUCAUGGCACCGCUGGUGAGGUGGCUGGCAGCCGCUUACCUGAUCAGGAGCCUGCACUCCCGCACCUGUUGGGAGGCCAACCUGGCAAUUUCUAGCAAAUUUCCCACAUUUUCAGGGCAUUGUCUUAAUACCCAACCCACCUGGAUCCCCUCACAGCCUAGUGCAGGCAUGGAGGGGGCACACUGGUGGAAUCAGAGGAAUCUGAGUGUUCCCCUAAGUCGAGGUAGAGAGAUCAUGAGAACUGUCUUUGGAAGAAAUGGAGAUACUUCACACAUGCCUCUCUUGGCUUGGGUAUGCCCAGCACUCUGUUGAAAUUUUGUUUUUUGGGGUACCUGGGUGGCUCAGUCGUUAAGCGUCUGCCUUCAGCUCAGGUCAUGAUCCCAGGGUCCUGGGAUCGAGCCCCGCAUCGGGCUCCCUGCUCGGCGGGAAGCCUGCUUCUC